AACCUACUAGAGAACAUGAAAAAUUAUUUUUUUAAGGAUAGUGCAAUGUUAUCACUCACACUCGAGUUUGUUGAAUGAUAAAUGAAUUUGUCAUAUCCCUUAUUCUAGGAGGUGAAAAGGAGUACUUAAGUUCUGAUUCUUCAUGCAAAGUUAACAAUUGGAUAACACUUCAAUUUUUUAAUAAAAUCAAAUGUUCGUGGAUCCUAAAUCACAAAAUAGUUUUUAAAAAGGGGGUACCGAUUAUGUCAUUGAAAAACAUUGCCCAAAUAUCUGGAUUUUGUAAAGCUGAGCAGAUCACAAACCAGGCGGCUGGCAGGCGUCUCAAAUAUCGGCGCAUUCUGUGCGCAAGGUUGAGCAGCCACCAUUCUCGACAUAACAAUGGAGAAGAAUAAGGAUGACGGUUCAAAUAAAGAGCAAGAAGAAGAACAGGUUGUGAAUCCAUGGGUAGUGUCAGUCAAGGACGGCGGUAAAAUCGACUACGAUAAGUUGAUUGACAAAUUCGGCUGCCAAAGGCUGGACCAGUCCCUCAUCGAUCGCGUCGAGAGGCUUACCGGACGUUCGCCGCACGUCUUCCUCCGCCGCGGCGUCUUCUUUGCCCAUCGUGACUUUGGUGAGAUUCUAGACUCUUAUGAAAGAGGAGACAAGUUCUACUUGUAUACUGGCCGAGGACCUUCUUCAGAGUCCUUGCAUUUGGGUCAUCUUAUUCCAUUCUUGUUCACCAAGUAUUUGCAGGAUGCGUUUAAGGUGCCUCUUGUAAUUCAGUUGACAGAUGACGAGAAAUGCAUGUGGAAGAAUCUGUCAGUAGAGGAAAGCCAAAGGCUAGCCCGGGAGAAUGCAAAGGACAUCAUUGCCUGUGGUUUUGACAUUUCAAGGACGUUUAUCUUCUCUGAUUUCGACUAUGUGGGAGGUGAUUUUUACAAGAACAUGGUGAGGGUUGCAAAAUGUGUCACAUACAAUAAGGCUGUUGGCAUUUUUGGUUUCACUGGUGAAGACCAUAUUGGAAAAGUCAGUUUUCCACCAAUUCAGGCUGUUCCAUCAUUUCCAAGUUCAUUUCCACAUCUCUUCUCAGGAAAUGAUAGGCUCCGUUGUCUGAUUCCUUGUGCAAUUGAUCAGGAUCCUUAUUUCCGAAUGACACGUGAUGUGGCUCCUCGUAUAGGCUAUCAUAAGCCUGCCUUAAUUGAAUCAUCAUUCUUUCCUGCUUUACAGGGAGAGACUGGAAAAAUGAAUGCAAGCGUUCCUUGUUCUGCAAUAUAUGUAACAGAUUCUGCAAAACAAAUAAAAGACAAGAUAAAUAAGUAUGCAUUUUCAGGCGGGCAAGAUUCUAUAGAAUUGCACAGAAAACAUGGUGCAAACCUUGAGGUUGAUAUACCGAUCAAAUACCUGGGAUUUUUCCUGGAAGAUGAUACAGAACUCGAGCACAUUAGAAAGGAGUAUGGUGCUGGGCGUAUGUUGACCGGUGAAGUCAAGAAGAGGCUCAUUGAAGUUCUAACUGAUAUUGUUGAAAGACAUAAGCGCGCUAGAGCUGCAGUUACUGAUGAGAUGGUAGAUGCGUUCAUGGCAGUACGCCCACUUCCUAAUAUGUUUUCCUGAACAAGGUUUAUAUUAUCACCAAGGUUCUUUUGACAUUAGAACCUUAUAUUAUUAUAAAUUAGAAGCUUUACAUUCAUUUUAUUGGAACUGUCUGUGCUGGGGAAUUUUGCGGUUAGUUGUGGACAACACUAUUGAAACUUGUAAUUUAUGGGGCAUUACUAUAAGUGAGAUUUAAGGAAGCAUACUGAAGCAGAUGAAAGAACAUACGUACAAUAUAUUCAUUUUGGUAUCUUCUAAAUCCACAACAUAUCAAAACAGCCUCAUUUAGAGGGUUGUGGUAUCAACAGGUCAUGUUCUCUUCACCUGAUUUGAAUGAUUCUGAUCUGAUUGAAAUAAGUUCUGAUCUGAUUGAAAUAAGUGGCUGCAAUGGAAAGCAAUGUCCUAAGUUUUAACUUCCCGGUUUGACCGGAGCUCAUUUUAAGGAGGGAUAAAAAUUGAAUUAACUUUCCCAAAAUGCCCCUAACUUCUACUCCUUCCAAAAUCUCUUCUGUAGAGUAGAUUACACAUCGACGAGAGGGCACCUAAUCACACUCUUAAAGGAAAAAAAUCCAAAAAAAUGAAAUUAAAAUUAAAGUGCAUCUUGCAAAUAAUUCUAAAUUGGAAAGAAUGGAUUCUCACAACACAGACCAAGAUGCAAAAUUGAAACAAAUCUAAACCACAACCAAAUGGAAACACAUCUGAUUCUUGCAGCGUGGCACAAAAUCGUAUCAAUUUUCCGCAACGGCGUCCCCAAUCCAAGUGACUUCAGAGGCACCCCAUAACAAGAUCUGCGACAUAGAAUUUGCCAGAGCUCGUCAACCAUCUUUGAAGUUCAUCAAUUUUCGAAAACAUCAAAGCUUUGUCAUCGUUAAAAAUCGAGUUUGUUAUUGCUAAAUCGGCUACCCCUCGUCGUUUUAACCCAAUAAACCGGAAGAUGAAAU